UUGCUCACACGAUACGUCCGACUGUGCUUGAUCAGCUACAGAUUAAGAAGAAAUUAUUCCUCGUGAAAAUUCAAAUACAAAGAUUAAUAUUGGUGAUAACCAAUAAAAUGCCUCGAUUAUAAGCUUUGAGAUAAUUCACAUCAUCACAUGGCAAACCCUUUCAGAAAUUUCUCCAUAAAAGAUAAAUAUGGAGCAAUGGCAGCAACUGCAACCGUACCCAUUGUCAUCUUUGCAAGCGUUUAUGUAGCAUGGUGUUAUGUAAGUCGUGCUUUUAAAAAUAAUCAACCAGUUCUUUCGAAAUCCACAACCAUUGGAAUGCUCCAUGGUGGCAAACUAGCCUUGAAGAGACUGCUUGAUUAUCACCAUGCCCGAGCGGAUGCGAAGGUGUUGGAUGAGGCUGCCAAUGAGUUAAAGACUGCACUUGGAGAUGCAUAUCUAGAUUUCUGGAAUCUGAAGUGUACUGUGGCAAAGCUGGAAAUGAGCGGAAAAGAAGAUGAGGCAGUGACAAUGCUAGAAACUGCAUUUCGAGAGGCCCAGAAGCAGAGGAAACCACAUGAAGCCUACGAGAUUGAAAUGUCGCUCGUCGAAAUGCUUAUAUACAAGGGAGAGUUUGAAAAGGCUUAUAGUCGCGAAUGCUUGUCAAGUCAUGAAGAAAUUUCAGACGCACGCCGUCCAUUAUACAAGGCUGUUCUUCACAUCUUGUUGGGGCACUCAGAGGAUCUAGCCUUUAAAUGUUGGAAAGAUUUUAAGAGUCUUCGGAAACUCUUUCUGUUGCAGCCAACUCUGAAGGAAGAACAAAUCCACAAAAUUGUUUCCAGUUUUGAAGAGUUCAAGAAGGUAAUCAACUUGCUCAAAGAAGAUAUUAGAAGGCUCGCGCGAGAAAAGCAGUACAGAUCAAAUAAAUAAACGAUCGAUCCAUGGUAUUAUUGUACGUACGUGCUGCAUGGAGUACGUAUAUAGUAGUGUAAGAAAUACGAUAUUAUGGAUUAAUCCCUUUCCUACUACUACUUUAGCUUUUAUCUUAUCUUUGUCGGUUCUUCUCUAGCUGUGCAUGGGGCCCGGGGUGGAGUACGAUCUUCAAAAGUUGAGAAAGUAGCUGUGAAUUAAAAAAGACAA